ACCCUUACUUCCAUUUUUAUUUUUUCCUCCUUUCUUUCUUCAUUCAUUCUUCAUCAGCGACAACACAACAGAGUACGAAACAGGUUCUUCGCCACACCGCUGACACAGAGCAGAAAUCGAACGUGAACAUUUUCAAAGAAGAAGUUGGUGCCUCAGAGAACAACGCCAAAAUGUCGGUGUUGAUCGUGACGAGCUUAGGGGACCUUGUCGUCGAUUUGCACACCAACAAAUGCCCCUUGACCUGCAAAAAUUUCUUGAAGCUUUGCAAGAUUAAGUACUAUAAUGGGUGUUUAUUUCACACUGUUCAAAAGGAUUUUACAGCUCAAACGGGCGAUCCAACUGGCACAGGAACUGGCGGUGAUUCUGUUUACAAGUUUCUUUAUGGCGAUCAAGCCCGUUUUUUCAGUGAUGAAAUUCAUAUUGAUCUUAAGCAUUCCAAAACUGGAACAGUUGCCAUGGCAAGUGCUGGGGAGAAUUUAAAUGCUUCACAGUUCUAUAUCACACUGCGUGAUGACCUUGACUACCUCGAUGGCAAGCACACUGUCUUUGGUGAGGUAGCUGAAGGAUUUGAGACUUUAACUAGAAUAAAUGAGGCUUAUGUGGAUGACAAAGGAAGACCAUAUAAAAAUAUAAGAAUCAAGCACACGUACAUCCUAGAGGAUCCUUAUGAUGAUGCUUCUCAACUAUCUGAGUUCAUUCCUGAAGCUUCUCCAGAAGGAAAACCUAAAGAUGAGGUUGACGAUGAAGUACGACUUGAAGAUGAUUGGGUGCCCAUGGAUGAGCAAUUAAAUUCAGCAGAACUUGAGGAGGUUAUCAGAUCAAAGGAAGCUCAUUCUAGGGCAGUUGUACUUGAGAGUAUUGGGGAUAUUCCUGAUGCUGAGAUUAAGCCUCCUGACAAUGUAUUGUUUGUCUGUAAAUUGAACCCAGUGACUGAGGAUGAGGACUUGAAUACUAUAUUUUCUCGCUUUGGAACUGUAUCAUCGGCUGAAAUCAUCCGUGACCACAAAACUGGUGACAGUUUAUGCUAUGCUUUCAUAGAAUUUGAGGACAAACUGUCAUGUGAGCAAGCAUAUUUUAAGAUGGAUAAUGCUUUGAUUGAUGAUCGAAGGAUACAUGUGGAUUUUAGUCAAAGUGUCGCAAAAUUGUGGUCCCAAUACAGGCGGAAAGAUCAAAAGGGUAAAGGUGGUGGUUGCUUCAAGUGUGGCUCUACAGAUCAUAUUGCCAAGGACUGCACUGGAGAUGCUACAAUGAAACAACCACAAACAAAAUACAUUUUAAAGGAUGAUAAUACCCAACGUGGUGGAGAUAAUUCUAGAUAUGAAAUGGUUUUUGAUGGAGAUGAUAACCCAGAAAGUCCAAGGCAAGAUGUAAAACACCGAAGGCAUGAUAGGGAUGACCCAGUUGAGAAAAAAGGUAGGGAAGAAGAUUUUAAAGAUCAUAGAAGUCGUAGGGAUCAGGAUAUGGUAGACUCGAAAAGAGAUAGGUACGGUGAUAGAAGUAGAGGGGAUGGGGGAAAUGGAGAAAACAAAGCACGAUAUGAAAGAGGUGCAAGGGAUUUGGAUUCCAACGCUGACAAGAAUGACAGAGAUAGGCACAAAGGUAGACAUGGAAAUGAUGAUUACAGGUGGAAACAUGAUCAUGGAUCCAGAAAAGAAGAGGAUGAUAGCAACAAGCGUAAAGAUGAGCGAGACACUAGAAGAAGAGAUGAAGAUGAUAGCUACAAGCGUAAAGAUGAGCGAGACACUAGAAGAAGAGAUGAAGAUGAUAGCUACAAGCGUAAAGAUGAGCGAGACUCUAGAAGAAGAGAUGAAGAUGAUAGGAGAAACACAAAUUCUAGCCAUUUGGAGAGAAGGAAUGACAGAGGUUAUAGGAAGAGACCUGAAGAGAGUGGAAAACAAGAUGUGAAGAUUGAUUCUGGACGAAGAAAAAGAAGUCCAGCUGAUGAUGAUUACAAAAAUGGAAGGAAAGAUGAAGAUUACAGACAUAGAAAGGAAGAACGAGGUAAAAGGCAAGAUAUUGAAGCUGAUGAGGAUUACAAACGUAGAAGGGAGGAUGGAGAUUACAGACCCAGAAGGGAGGAACGUGGACACAAAAGACAAGAUAUUGAAGCUGAUGAUUAUCCUCAUAGGAGGCAUCAUGGUGACAGGAGAUGAUGAUUGCUCUCACUAUAUCCUAAUGCUAAGCACAGAACCUUUGAACCGCUAUUAUGUAUGUCCCUUUUGCUUCGAUUUUUCUGGUGAAGCAGAUAUUGAUAUGUUUUAGAACAAGGUUUUUGAAUGGCUUUAGAAAACUCAUUUUCAAGUUUGGUGCUUAAAAUAGCAGUUUGUUUUCUUGACAUAAAUAUUGGGUUUUCAUAAACUGUUAGAUGGUGUUUGACUAAAACCAGCUUUACUAGUGGUACAUGGGAUGUACUAACAAGUCCCAUGCAACACUUUAUGUAAUCCAUGAUUUCUGAUUUGAGGUAGGGGAAAAGUCAAAAUGUUUAGGUAAUGCAUUUGUAGGUUACGUAA